CGCGUGCACGUUCCUGCUUUGAUUCGGACAAAACUUAGCUAUCAAAAGGCUAACUAGUCUACGUAUUAAAUUGAAUCUUGCAUGUAUUGUCUGCGUAGUUUCUUCUUACCAAAGUUAUUUGCAUGGUGCCCGGUUACCACUGGAGCGUCUGAGGGUGCGACAGUCCCUAUACUAGACCCUACUACCCGUAUAGUUCAAUUCAUUGAGUCAACUAUCUCGUCGCCGUUCUACCUUUACUAGGAUAAACAGGUCAUCCACCACAAUGCAAAACGAAGUGCAAGACAAUAAGACUCUCAAGAUAGCUAUUAUCAUCGUCAAGAUUGUAAUGCUGGUCUGCAGCCUUGUUGGCAUAGCAAUCAAAGUCAACAAGGCAUUGGCUACGAAAGCGGCCAACCAGAUUACUGGAACAGUCCGAACAUCCAAAGUCUUGAAGAUGGCAGUAAGUCAACUCAAGAAAGCAUUUACAGCGGGCAGCAAUAGUGACAAAGUAGAAGCCAUUGUUAACUUGAUCAAAGCUCUCUUUACUGAGGGCCUUCUUUUGAUAAUUAUCAGAGAGUUGUUCUACAACAUGAGCGUUUGGGAGAAAGCGACUACAGUUGCCAAACUGGCAGCAAUGAGCAUUGUAAUUUUUGGAAGUGGUGGAUUGGUUUUCGGAGCAAAGAUAGUAUUGCUGGUCAGCGACGGAUACGAUCUAGUCAAGGAUGUCCGCGAACUGUGAACUGCAUGUUGCUGAGAAUGUCGCAGUGGCGACAGCAUGCAACUAUUAUUUGCAGUGUUGUAGUAGUCUAGUUCUAUCUAGACAGCUUGUAGAAUGCUGUUAAACUGUAUGUAUGUGUGUAUGCAUGUAUGCAAAAAUGUAUGUACAUGUAUGUAUGUGCAAAAAAAAUGUAUGUACAUGUAUGUAUUCAAAAAAUGUCAAGU